ACCAGAAUCAUUUUUGCAACAUUAACUAGGUUACUGUUACAUAUGAGCGGAAAAUUUCGCAGCAUUAUAUAAUAUAUCUGAGAAAAAGCUCCCGCACGUGUACUUCUUAUUGUAUAAAUGUUUUAAGAAAAAUGGAUGUAAGAAAUGAAAAUAACUUUGAUUCUGUUGGGACUACUACAUGUACUAGUGCAGUAAAAAGACACGAUGAAGUUUUGGAUCUGGAUAGUGACGAUGACUCCCCGGACUCCUCUGUGUCUACAAAUGAGGCUCAGACUCGUGACCGUGGAUUAUGGGCGAACAAACUGGAGUUUUUUCUCGCUAUUACAGGAUAUACAGUUGGAUUAGGCAGUGUUUGGAGGUUUCCUAUGGUGUGCAGUCGUAAUGGCGGUGGGGCAUUUCUCAUUCCAUUUUUCUUCUUUCUGAUCACAUCUGGAGGACCUCUUUAUUAUUUGGAAGUAUGUCUUGGACAGUUCACUGGCCUGAGUGCAGGACUAGCCUACGAGUUUUGUCCUUUAUUGAAAGGUUUAGGUAUUUUACAAGUUCUUCUAUCCUUGACUGUUCUGUGGUAUUUGAUGGACGUUUUGGCAUGGACAUUUUAUUUUUUGUACAGUUGCUUUCAAUCAGAACUUCCAUGGACAACAUGCAAUAAUUCGUGGAACACUCAUCGAUGUAGAGCGGUUUCGGAAGUUUGGUCAAGCGUUGACCUUCACAAUUCCAGCUUUCAAGGUGAGACUGUUGUGAAAGAUGUAUACAGUGGAAUGUUAAAUGGAUCAGCGUCUAUCAUUAGUAAUGUCACUAUGGGAAACACAAACGUGACGUCAUACAACAGUAGUGGUACAAGCACCUCUGCCUAUGAAUUUUGGGAAUAUAAAGUGAUUGCACGAUCUAGUGGUCUGGAAGACAUGGGUAGUAUACAAAUCCAUCUGGUCGUCUCCUUUUUUCUGGCGUGGGUUUUUUGUGUAGCUGCUGUGAUCAAAGGGGUUAAAAGUCUUGGUAAGGUCGUAUAUAUAACGGCAACAGCACCCUAUGUGUUCCUUACCAUUAUUUUCAUCAAAGGAUUAAUGCUAGAUGGCGCUUUAGAUGGGAUGGAAACUUUUCUUAAACCUGACUUCUCCAAACUUUUGACUUACCAGGUCUGGGUAGAUGCUGCAGUACAGGUGUUCUUCUCUCUAGGACCUUCUUGGGGCACUGUAAUAACUAUGUCCAGUUACAACAGAUUCCAUGACAAAUCAUUCUGGUCAACAACCCUAUGUGUUUGUAGUGCAGGUUUUACAUCAUUUUACAAUGGAUUGGUAGUGUUCACAUUGCUCGGGUUUAUGGCCAAAACAACUGGGAUACCACUACAUGUAGUGGCAUCGCAGUCAGGUCCUGGGUUGGUGUUUGUCGUGUUUCCAACAGUUUUAAGUCAGAUGCCAGUACCUCAUCUAUGGUCUGUCUUAUUCUUUGCCAUGUUAAUCACCGUCGCUUUUGAUAGCUUGUUUGGUAUGUUUGAGACAGUGACAAGUGCAGUCAUUGAUCUGUUCCCUCAUCAGCUUAUACGUCAUAGGUCAGCUAUCAACAUCAUUGGAGGCUUGAUCUUCUUUAUAUGUGAGCUACCUCUUACAAUGAACGGUGGUAUAUAUCUGAUGCAACUAGCUGAUUGGUAUUUUUCAGCUUUUGCUGUCCUGUUUAGUUCAUUUUUCCAGCUUCUUGCAGUUUGUUGGCUCUAUGGAACUGACAGAUUUGCUCGUGACAUUCACUACAUGACCGGUAGAGAUGUUUGUGUAUUGUUACGUAUAAUGUGGACAAUCGUCAUUCCUAGCUUUGUAUCGGUAAUUUUCUUCAUCUUCCUGUUACAAUACUCAGCGCCAUCUUACGGUGAUGGAUAUGUUUACAGUUCAGGGGCGAUAGCUGCGGGAAUAUUCAUGGGUCUAGUCCCUAUCAUAGUAAUGGUAGGGGUUGGAAUAUUCACGUUUAUCCGGUUAAAGGGCUCGUGUUUACAGAGAUUAAAGACCGGCUGUAGUCCUAGUGAAAAGUGGUGCCCUCACGACCAUGAAACAAAAGAUAUAUACCUCAAAGAGUCAUACGUUUACCCAGCCACGAAAUGGAAAACAUUUUGUCUGAACAUUCGAGGCUCGGACAAAAAUACAUUCUUCUAAUGUUGUUCAGAUGUUUUUGAAUAAUUAUUAUAUUACAAUUUGGUGCUUAGCGAAAUAGAUAUCCAAACACAUACUCAUCCUGUUUGCAACAUACUUCUUGCGCUAACUACUCGUCUGUUUUUAUAUUUGGUCUUUUUGACUAUAUUUCUUUAUUGUAUUUUAACUUUGUGCUAUUGUAAAUGAAUUUCAGGUACUGUUAGUGAUAAACAAUGGUUUUACAUUGUUUAAUUAUAUCUGAUUAUACUAAAGUAAGGCACUGAUGUGUUUUGGACAUGUAGACAAGAGGUGUAAGAUUUAAGUUAUUAAGAUACUUACCAUCUCGACAGAUAAUUAUUUAUAUUGUAUAAGAUGGUAAAGAAUAAAGCUGCUUUAAACAUGUAUAUUAAUGUAUUUUUCAAGCUUAAAGACAGGAUUAUCCAUACCGAUUCAAUUCACACUCAGUCGCUUAAAACGGUUGAAUUUGUCGAGCAAACAAGCGUUAUUUUUCGGCGACGAUAAAAGAUGAAUUUUGAUUUUUACACUCAGAGAGAACAAAGAAGAAACUGGUGUUCAAGUCAAAUUGAAGAAACUGCUGUGUGAUGACGAAAAUUGCAUAAUGGAGCGAAUUGGUGUGAUGUUUACAUAUAAAUAAAAGGCUCCGGCCUACUCAACUUGAAGUACUGCACUAAAUCACUGUAUACUGGUUGCGAAAAGAGAUGUGAAUGUUGUUAAAAGAGAUGUGAAUGUUGUUAAAAGAGAUGUAAAUGUUGUUAAAAGAGAUGUAAAUGUUGUUAAAAGAGAUGUAAAUGUUGUUAAAAGAGAUGUAAAUGUUGUUAAAAGA